UCCGCCGCACAGCACACCCGGCAGACAGAGAGAGAGACGCAGAGGAGACACGGAGACCCACAGAGUCACGUACAAUUAUUGUCUUGCAGAUAAUAAUUGUAUUUAGGCAUCAUGUUAUAUGCGGUUGGAGGUAGCUGAUUAAUUGCCCGGAAAUUGCUUGCGUGUUCAUUUAUUGUUUUUAUAUUAUUAUUUCUACAAUAUUGCUGUUGUUUUUUGCAGCGUUUUGGUAGCGUAGAGAGAAGGGUAGGGAGAGAGAGAGGCGAAGACGAGAGGCGCUCACAAUGGCUGACGCGUCAGAAUGCAGCAUCAAGGUGAUGUGCAGGAUCCGUCCGCUCAACGAAUCCGAGAAGGUUCGAGGCGACAAAUUCAUCCCGAAAUUCCAGGGUGACGACACCCUCUCCAUCGCGGGAAAGCCGUACAUCUUUGACCGCGUGUUUCCACCCAACACCACUCAGGAGCAAGUGUACAACGCGUGUGCACGGCAGAUCGUGAAAGAUGUCCUUGAGGGAUACAAUGGAACAAUCUUCGCGUACGGACAGACGUCGUCGGGCAAGACGCACACGAUGGAGGGCAAGCUGCACGAUGGGCACCUGAUGGGCAUCAUUCCCCGCAUCGUCCAGGACGUCUUCAACUACAUCUACUCGAUGGAUGAGAAUCUCGAGUUCCACAUCAAGGUCUCCUACUUUGAGAUCUACAUGGACAAGAUUCGCGAUCUCCUUGACGUUUCCAAGACGAACCUCUCCGUUCACGAGGACAAGAACCGCGUGCCGUACGUCAAGGGACUGUGCCGUGUUGUUGCUGUCGGAGUAGUGGUGGUGGUGGUGGACGAGGUGGACGAGGUGGAUGAGGUGGACUAG